AAAAAUAUCCCCUCUCUCUUUCUGAUGAUCAACCGUGACAAGAAGACCGUCAAAUCGUGCGUGUGCGGUUAAAAGUGUGAAUUUCAUUUGCAAAAUCCCCGGAGAAUUUUUUGUUAAUUUUUUUUUAUAUGCAAAACUGCACCACAUUUUCUUUCUAAUUACAACAUUUUUUUAAGUUCAGGACUAAAAUAUUUGCUAAGCUAUAAAACCCAGCAAAGCUCCUCCAAAACUAUACAAAAUUAAUCUAAAAAUUCAACAGAAACAAGGCGCUCCGCCCGAAAUUGAAAUAAAAAAAAUGUCAGAAGAUAUUGCAAUGGAAAACAAUACGACACCGGUUAAAAAGAUCAAUGCCACAACGACGACAGCGUCCGCCGAUGAAAUGACGUCGCGGGAUUAUUACUUUGAUUCAUAUGCCCAUUUUGGUAUUCACGAGGAGAUGUUAAAGGAUGAGGUGCGAACCAUUACCUAUCGUAAUGCAAUGUAUCAUAAUAAGCAUUUAUUCCGUGGAAAGGUGGUACUCGAUGUUGGAUGUGGUACUGGCAUUUUGUCAAUGUUUGCCGCUAAAGCUGGAGCAGCCAAAGUAAUUGCUGUUGAUUGCUCAAAUAUUGUUGAGUAUGCCCGCCAAGUUGUGAUUGAUAAUAAUCUAACAGAUGUGGUUAAAGUUGUUAAGGGAAAAAUUGAAGAAAUCGAAUUACCCAAUGGCAUUGAGAAAGUUGACAUCAUUAUAUCCGAGUGGAUGGGAUAUUGUCUCUUUUAUGAGUCUAUGUUGGACACAGUACUGUAUGCGCGCGAUAAAUGGCUUAAGUCUGACGGUAUGAUGUUCCCCGACCGUGGUACACUCUACAUUACUGCCAUCGAAGAUCGUCAGUAUAAAGAUGAGAAAAUUAACUGGUGGGAUGAUGUCUAUGGUUUCGAUAUGAGUUGUAUUCGUAAAGUAGCAGUCACUGAACCGCUUGUCGAUGUUGUAGAUCCCAAACAAGUUGUUUCCACAUCCUACAUGGUCAAGGAAGUCGAUCUAUACACAGUCAAGAAAACAGAUCUUGAAUUCUCUUCGCCCUUUAAUCUAAUUAUCAAACGAAACGACUUCGUUCAGGCAUUAGUCACAUACUUUAACAUUGAGUUUACAAAAUGCCACAAGCGCCUAGGAUUCAGUACAUCUCCCGAAGCAACAUACACACAUUGGAAACAAACCGUUUUCUACCUCGAUGAUUAUUUGACAGUCAAGAAGGGCGAAGAGAUUCACGGAACUUUCAAAAUGAAGCCAAACGAAAGAAAUAAUCGUGAUUUAGAUUUUACCAUCGAUGUUAAUUUCAAAGGUGAACUAUCCGAUGUGCAUGAAAAUAAUACCUAUCGGAUGCGCUAAAAAAAACGUUGUAGUACAAGCACCAAGUAAAUUUAUACAAGAUAUUAAAUAUAAAUACCACUGCAGCGAAAUUGAAAUAAAAAAAAUAAACCAGCGGUUUAAACAAAUACUUAUUUGCCAAUCUAUAAUAAUUGUUUAAAAAAAUAAAUGAAACAAACCGAAUAUAAACAGAAAAAUAAAACCGCUGGAUAUUUCAGCUUUCGUUUAAUUAAAAAAACAAAAAAAAUAAAAAAUAAAACGAAUGAACGAAAUUCAGCUAAAAAUACAUCUAAAUUACAUUUAUCGAACAAGACUUCAUUAUUUUUUUUUUUUUUAUUAGAAAUAUUUGUAUGUGUUCCAAUAUUACUGUGACAAACUAUGUAAAAUCAUAUUGUUUGUUUUCUCCAUUUAUAUAAAGGACCUUAUUAUCUCAGAAUAUAACAAAAAAACAAAAAUAAAUAAAUCCAUAGAACUAUAUAAUUUUUAAUAAAAAAAUAACAAGAAAUUGAUGGGGAAGAGACAUCAUCAUCAGGGUGACAAGUGUGUUAGCUAAGAAAAUGAUGCUUUGUAUUAGAUAUUUUAUAUAUAUCAAUGAAUGAGAGAAAUUUACAUUUAAUAAACAAUAAAGAAUAAACUGUAGUUCGUACGCAACAACAAUAA